CUUGUGCCAUAGGUCACACUCCCAUUUUACACCGAACACGAUUACUAUCUCAUUCCAAGAAAUCGCCGCAGAUUGCAUUACGAUCGGAUGUCGAGCCCACGCGCCGCCUCCAACGACGACGAUAAGCACUCCGGCAAUAGCAAGGAAGCGGCCGCGGCUAAAACCGCUGGCUUCAUCGUCUUCUCCGGAAUCGCUAUGAGCAUCCUUAAAACCCUAAACCCUUUCAACAAAGAGAGAAAUGCAACUGCAGUACCUCAACAGCCAGUGGUUGAGUCGAUUCAGCCUUCUCCGGCUCAGCCGAUUCGAGAUUCCCCACCUCCACCUGUCUCAGAACCUAUUAUCACCAAGGAAGCAGGUGGUUAUACGGAGCAAAGAUCACCAGAAUAAUCGCAAAGAGUGAUAGACAUUGUUAAAGGAGAUACUCUUUGGGGUCUGUCCAGAAAAUAUGGGGUGUCAAUAGAUGCCAUCAAAGAGGCCAACGGCCUUACAGGGGAUACCAUCUAUGCUGGCAAGAAACUUAUAAUCCCAUAACAUUGUUUUCUUCGCCUCAUAUCAGUUUUUCAGUUUUCUAAGUAGGUUUGAUUGGCAUUUUUUACUUUUGCAAGUUCAUAUGUCCAUUUAGUUUGUAAUAUGAACAUGAGUAGAUGAGAUGAGACAUUAGAUCGGAAUGGAGGUAUGUCAUUGUGAGCUUUUCACACAGUACUUCUACUUUAAAUAUUUUCUGUUUUACUGCAUUUAUUGUAUUAAAGUUCUUAGUGGUAUAGGGUCUGAA